AUGUCCCCUCAUAAUUCCACUGCUCGCCCACGGGUCCUUACGGCAAAGGUGCCAGACACCGUCUGUCUGACAGAGCUCGGCGUCUUGAAGAUAGUUGGAGAGCUGAAGUCUCCAUGGGUAGCUCCCCAGCACGACCUAGAGCAAGCCCAGAGAAUGCCAUUGAAGCUGCGCCGCGUCCUAGCUUCAAACUGA